AUGGAAACGUAUCACGGCCACGUCCGCACGCCAGCUGAUGCGAUAAUACUGUUUGAAGCCUGCCGCCUCGGAUUGCUACCGCGAGUGCAGCGACGGCUCUCGGAGAAGGAGCGACAGAACAUCAAGUCGGGGAGCGUGUUUGUGUGGGACGAGCGAGAAGCCGGAAUGCGGAGGUGGACCGACGGGAAGUCGUGGAGCGCGAGUCGGGUGUCGGGUAGCUUUCUGACGUAUCGAGAGAUGGAGGGGAAGAGAGGCGGGGGCGACUCUGACGGGAUGGAUGGGGAUGGACCGGACGGGUAUCGUUACAAGCCGGACGGUCUAAUGAAGCAGUCUUUCUCGAUUACGACUGCUACCCACCAAAAGCUACACCUUAUCAGCUACUACGCUCGGUCGCACCCAUCCUCUCAGAACCUCAUCCAACCUUCGCACGACAGCGCUCUGAAACACAUUCGGCCCGUCAAAGGCAUGUAUCCGGAAUCCACCGUUCACGAACAACAGAACGUACCGGUCGUCACUCGCGCGCCCAUGAUCACACCUAUGCCGCAUCACUCGCCCAUGCAUGGCUACGCCCGACAAGGCGCCACUCACCCCGCAAGCUACGCUCAGGUUCCCAACACAUAUGGCUGGCCGCCCAGUCCCAUCGCCACGCCUCCGACCAGUAUCCAGGUUCCCCACUACGGCUUGCAACACUCACUACCGCCGCCGCCGGGAAACAGCGCGACAUCCUCGCCGAUGUCGUACAACCCACCGCCAUUCCCGUCGGCUCCUCUGAACCAGUCCGGUGGCGGAUCGCCGAGGCUGUACGACAACCGACCUUCGUUGCCGCAACUCGAGGGACUGACGUCGCAGCCCCCCUUACACCACCACCGCGGCUCCGUUGGAUCUCCGGUAAUGUCCAUUCAGAACAUCCAGAACAAAUCACCUGGCGCCACGCCGGUGCAGCGUUCGACACCUCCGGUAGCAUUACCUCCUCCCAAUCCGUCGCAGAACGCGUCCCAGCAGUACAAGGUCGCGCCCGACGAGAGAUAUGCUUCACCGGCGAACAGCAUCCAGUCGAAGAGCCCCCCGCGUGACGGACCCAUGUGGGAAGUCACGCCGUUGAGGAGCAGUCCUUCUCCCAUGGAGCUGGACGCGGCACGCCUGAGUCUGGAAGUUCAGGACAUUCCGACCGAAAAGUUGGGCUUCGGAGAGGAUAUGCGAGCGCUGCGAGUACUGGAUCGGGCGUUUGCGGCAUAA